GGUGGUGACCACGAAAAAAAGAAAUACGAAAAUUCUUCGCAUCUCUCUCCUCUUCCCACCUCCUACCUCCAAUCUUCCCAUUGCGGCAUUCGGAUACUCCCCUUCCUAUCUGCAAACAUGAGCAAGGGACCAGGACUCUUCGCCGAUAUAGGGAAGAAAGCCAAAGAUCUUCUCACGAGGGAUUAUAUCUCCGAUCAGAAAUUCACCGUCUCCACAUACAGCGAUACGGGAGUGGCCAUCACAUCAACUGCAGUGAAGAAAGGAGGACUCUCAACUGGCGAUGUAGCAGUGCAAUACAAAUACAAAAAUUCUGUCAUUGAUGUAAAAGCUGACACAGGGUCAAAUAUCAAUACAACCCUUACAUUCACAGAGAUUAUUCCAUCCACUAAGACUAUUGCCUCAUUCAAAUUUCCUGAUUACAAUUCUGGCAAGCUGGAGGUUCAGUACUUCCAUGAUCAUGCAACACUCACUACAUCAGUUGCAUUGAAUCAGUCACCAGCAGUUGAUCUUUCGGUCACCAUUGGUACCCCAAGCAUUGCUUUUGGUGCGGAGGCAGGUUAUGAUACUACAUCUGGUUGUUUUACAAAGUAUACUGCUGGCAUUAGUGUGGCAAAACCAGAUUCUUGUGCAUCAAUAAUUCUCGGUGACAAGGGAGACACCAUAAGGGCAUCAUAUGUGCACCACCUGGAUUCACUAAAGAAGAGUGCUGCAGUGGGAGAAAUCAGUAGAAGAUUUUCCACAAAUGAUAAUACAUUUACAGUAGGAGGGUCUUAUGCAAUUGACCCCCUAACAAACGUGAAAGCAAAGCUCAAUAAUCACGGCAAUCUCGGGGCUCUCUUGCAGCAUGAGAUCAUACCAAAGUCAAUACUGACUCUCUCUGGCGAGUUUGACACCAAGGCGCUGGACAAAACUCCUAGGUUUGGGCUGGCCCUUGCUCUCAAGCCUUGAGUGGUUUUCUGCUGUUGGAGUAUUCGGUCGUUUGAAUUCCAUACCCUUUUUAUUUUUCAGUGGCGCCUGAAAGGGAGCUCUUAAUAAAUAAUUCCACAAUAUAUUCAUUUCUAGGUUUUGGAUUGUGGAUGGAUUGUAUUUUUGUUCAGGCCUCCUUGUGGUCUUUUUUUCCUCGUUUUCUCAUCAUUUUGACAUAGAUGCAACAUUUUCUUACCCUCCAGUGGAGGAUUGUUGGAGAGUGGUAGUGCCAAAUUUAUUGGAGACUGCUUUAUUGCAAUGUGCCAGAACAUUUUGUUUUGA